GUGCCGCCGCUCACCUUCACCUGUCUCUCUCCCGCCGCGGAUUCACACCUGAGCGUCACAUGCUGCGAAUAUUCUGCCGUUCGCACCGUCUUGCGAUGGAUUAGGCUCUUCUCGGGGGCCACGCUCACGUUCUCGGUUCAUGUUGGGUCGCGCCGCCGAGUCCUCGCAGGGAACCGAUCCCACUUGGAUGCCCUCCAUUCCCUUUUCCGCAUUCCCGCAGCCGCCGUGCGCACUGCAGGCGCGGGGCUCAGAUCCAUGAUCUCGACAGAAAAAACCGGUUCCUCCGGCUAAUCUACCCAACUAUUGCUGGCGGUGCAUUAUGUUUCCAGCCAGAGGACGAGAGGGGAAGAGAGGGACUGUGCGGCUGGUGGCUGUAGGCUGUCGAAGGCCGUUUUCAGCGGACUGAGGAAGCCUGACGCGUCUUAUUGAUCGCUGUUCGGAGAAAUCCUGGAAUAACCCGCCGCCGCGCUCCUUCAUGUCCCGGGAUGGAGAGCUGUUGUCGCUCCUGUAUGCCGUGCUUAAACCGGCUCUGGGACUGCAUUUGGCCCGACUUCCGCUACCCAGCCGUCCCCAACAACAACCAUGUCAUCGCCAACCCCGCCGCGCAGUCGGCGGAGAUCCGCACCGUGUCCGGAGACAUCCGCGUCCCGUCGCCCAAGAAGCGGCCGGUGCAGCUUUACGCAGCGCUCUUCGACUUCGAGGCCCGCAGCGACGACGAGCUGACGGUGAGGGAGGGCGACAAGCUGUCGGUGAUCGAGAAGCGGGGGGAGUACGUGCUGGCCAAGAAGCUCACCGGGUCUCUGGAGUCCGGACUGAUCCCGGCCAACUACGUGGCUCUGCUGCAGGACGAGUUCGCCAAACACAAGUGGUACUACGGCAACAUAAACCGCGUGAAAGCUGAGAAGCUGCUGCUCGCUUCCCAAAACAAAGAUGGCUCCUUCCUGGUUCGCAUCAGUGAGAGUCACAGUGACGAGUACACCGUCUCUGCCCGCAGCGAGGGGAAGGUGUACCACUUCCGGAUCCAGCGCUCCUCCAUCGGGGCCUACUUCGUGUCGGAUAAGAUCUCCUUCGCCACGCUGGGAGAGCUGAUCUCCUACUACCAGAAGAACCCCCGCAGCCUGGGGGUGCCGCUGGAGGAGCCCUGCGCCCAGCAGCGGGAGCUGUUCGACAUGGAGCCGUGGGAGAGGCCUCGGGAGGAGUUCAGGCUCCAUAAGAAACUGGGAGAGGGCCACUUUGGAGAGGUGUGGGAGGCCCUGUGGACCACGGAGAACAGGAAAGUGGCCAUAAAGACGCUGAAACCAGAGGACACGAAGCAGGACGAGUUCGUAAAGGAGGUUCAGGCAUUGAAGAGCCUCCAUCACCCGAAGCUGAUCCAGCUGCUGGCCAUGUGCUCCAGAGGAGAGCCGGUCUACAUCGUGACCGAGCUGAUGAGCAAAGGAAGCCUGAAGUCCUACCUGGCCUCUGCUGAAGGCCAGGUGCUGACAUCAGCUCAUCUCAUCUACAUGGGCAGUCAGAUCGCAGAGGGCAUGGCCUACCUGGAGGACAGGAACAUCGUCCACAGAGACCUGGCUGCCAGGAACAUCCUGGUGGGAGACGACCUGGUCUGCAAGGUGGCCGACUUCGGCCUGGCUCGGAUUAUUAAGGACAGCGUGUACACAGCCAGUCGAAACACAAAGAUCCCGGUGCGGUGGACGGCGCCUGAAGCAGCCAUUUACCAGAGGUUCUCUGUGAAAUCAGACGUCUGGUCAUUCGGGGUCCUGCUGUAUGAGAUGAUGUCACGUGGAAAGAUGCCUUACGAAGGAAAAAGCAACAAGGAAGUGUUAGACCUGCUGUCGUCCGGGUUUCGGCUGCCCUGUCCAACCCGCUGUCCCCAGAACAUUUACCGGAUUAUGAUGGACUGCUGGGCCGCUGAGCCCUCCAAGAGACCCUCCUUUCAUGCCCUGCACAGCCAGCUGGAUACUAUAUAUGCCAGGAUAUAUUUCAAGACUAUAGAGGUUUAGAAGGAUGGACACAUGGAGGAAGAGGAGGAUGAUGAGAGGGUGACAAACAGCGCAGAGCUGAUCUGAUCAUCGACAGCAGGACUGCAAACACGAAGAAGAAAGGAAAAGGAACAAGGAACGUUCUUCUCCCCCUUUCAAUCCACUUCCACUACAGGGUAUAUGAACUUUAAAAACAAGGACUGACAUGUCAGGUCUCAGACUAAAAGAAAGCGAACAAAUGAGCUGAAGUGAAAACGGCCUGAGAAAGAAGAGUAAAUACACUCCAACACUGAAACCCUCGGCACAUUCACAGAGACAACGGUUUUUAGUUUUAUACCCUUUUGUGUUUUCUAAAUGAUAUUUUAUUACUUCUGUAUGUGCCAUGUCUGUGUAUGCACACGCUGAAAUCACAGGUCAGGACUUUUAUUAAUCGUCUGUCUUCUGACUGCAAAGCUACAGCUCAAAUUGAGGUUAUGUGCAAUAAUUACGCGCUUGCUGGGUUUUUAGCCAUGCUGGCAGCCUGGUGCUGGAGAUGAUGUGGAUCGCUCAGUCGGCCAACACACACUGAACUGAUCACGUUCCCCAAAGGAUGCAUUAAACAGCUGGUGAUCCAGCAUCAUGUCAGAAUUAGUUGAGUUUUUGAGGGACAGUAUUUUGGUGUGAACUAGUGACCGAAUCUGAGCUGACCUGAGCUGUAGUUUGAGGUUAAAUUAUGGGAUAAAUUGAAGGUAUCUCUGAAUGAUCAAUAACUCCUUCAGUGAACAAAUGACCUGCGAGUAAGACACACUUGAAAACAUCCAAAUCUAUCCUUUAAAGGAAUAGUUCAACAUUUAGGGAUACACCCGUCCCUCGCUGAGAAGAUUAAAACCCCUUUGAUGUUUCUAAUUUAACUACGGUGCUGGAGCCAGGAGGUGAUUAGCCUAGCCUAGCAUAAAGACUGGCAGCAGGGGCAAACAGCUAGCUUGGCUUUGCCCACACACCUGUGAACCUUGCUCAUUAACAUGUUGUAUCUGGUUUGUGAUACCUGCAUGCAGACAGAAAUGUAAACACACCAGUUGCUGGUUUCCAUUUCUUCAUGACUUGCAGCUGUGCACAGUGACUUCCUGGAGGCUCUGCCGGUUGCCUGGCAACCUCAACGCGACAGUGAAACUCCAGGAAGUCACUGCGUCCGGCUCAGUCCCCCAGUCAGGAGCCGGGCUCCAAAAAGCACUCGGAAAAGGAGUUUUAACCUUUAGGAGGACUCACAGACGCAUGAGGAAGCCUGCCAGGGCUUGUCUGGUGAACGGCCUAGUGAGCAACUUAGACUGAGAAUAAUGAUGUGCUAUCUCUGAACAUCCACAUCCACAUCCACAGCUCAGCCGCUGGUCACUUACUGCACAGCAGAGGAAAGCUUAAUUUUUAUUUUUUUUUUUAAAUUGGCCCAUUGAGAUUAAAAAUCUCUUUUCCAAGGGCGUCCUGGCCAAGUGGCAGCACAAGUCACAAAGUUAAAAAUUUCAAUUUGAUUAUAAAAACAAUUUAAUUAAAUGUCCCACACUGCAGCCAGCAGUCAAGAGUAAACACAAUGAGUAAGAAACGGCGAGCCGUACGAUACAUACAGACCAAUAAUGUAACCGGAUUCCCCCUGUUUCCAGUCUUUAAGCUAAACUAAGCCAACUGGCUCGUGGUUGCAGUUCGUGUUUAGUGUACAGCACAGAUCGAUCUGCUCACUGAAGGCUUUGAGAGGUGGAAGCAUGCGAACAUGCUGACAUCAGCACAUUAGCGUGUCAAUUAACCUACAUGCUAAACUUCAGCAGUUUAGUAACAAACUAAACUGGAACAAAGUGCCAGACAUUAGCACAUUUAGCAUGUCAGGACUGAGUUUAAAGCUGCUGAACUGCUGUUCAGCUGAUUUAUGUGACGAAACGUUUUUCCUUUUAAGUUCACAUUUUACAUCCAGAUCGAUCAAAGUUUUCCCUCCAUGUUUCAUCCAGCCACCAGUUUUAUUUCCGAGCCUCGUGGGCUCCUAGCAUGGCUCCACACUGUUAGUUAUUGACCACAAGUAUAAAGUAUUUCUUCAGCCUUCCUUCUGUCACUGGUAUUUUAAGGCGUUACAGAUCUAAUACACUGGAUCCACGUUUCUCUGGAAUUGUUUUGAUCCUCCUGUGAUAGAUGUUUGGGGGUUGAUGGACCACAGCGCCAUGCGUACAGGCCUUCGGUUAUUAAAGCUCUGUUAGAGGCCAGUUACAAACACAGUGCCUAUGUUUACACCACAGACUCUGUCCACACACUGCAGACUGUAAAGACCUACGAGGAUGAAGAGCCCACGACGAAACGUCCUGCACAGAGAAUCAGGGGUUUUCUGCACCACAAAAUUGUACAACAUUGCAAUGCAAUGCAAUUUCAGAACAAUGCAACUUUUGUCUUUUAUGCACGACAUUUGCAGCAGACAAAGCCAAGUUCAGGAAACUUCAGCCAUAAUCACAGAAUCACAAGGAUGAGUUGAUGUUUUAGGCCGUGUGCCAUCAGGUACCAAACACCAGUAGUGCAACGAAUAAAGUAUUUUACAUAUUG